AUGGACGACAGGGCGAUGACCGGCCGGCGGCUCAAUGUAUACUGGCCCAAGGACCGCUGCUGGUACUCGGGGACCAUAGACGACUACAACGGCAAGAAACAUCAUGUGACAUAUGACGAUGGCGACAAGGAGUGGCUGAACCUUGCGAACGAAGAGUAUCUUUUCCUGCCCAGAGGCAAUGAAGGUGUUGCCCAGCCCAAGGCUGUGCCCACCGUGUCCAUGUCAGAUGCCCCAGAAGACGACGAGUCUGGCAGCGAAUACCAGCAGUCUGAAGAGUCUUCAGACGACAAUGCGAUGGAUGUAGACUCUGAGAGUGACCUGUCCGAUGAAGAAGAAGUUGAGGAGGUGCUGGCCGGGAAGAAGCGGAAAAGGGCGGCCAGAGCUAGGGGCCAAGUGCAAAAGAAGAAGCAAGUCACACCGUCAAGCAGGAUUGCAACCCACACUGCUAAAGCUGCAACACCAGGCUGCACAGGAGCAGGCACCAUAACUCCAAUGGGAAUGACGACCCCAAUGGACCGUACCACACCAGUCAGGGCCGAUGCAGGGUCAGUGCUGCAGAAGGCUUUGGAUAGUGCAAUGCACACCACAGGACAGCGUACAGGUAUGGUGUCUCCGAUCAUAUGUGGUGUGGACGUGAAUCGAUCCCAGGACUCACACAAGUUUUCUGACCAAGACAGCCUGAGGUUUCCUUUCCUCACUCCUGAAAAGAUCAGAGACAGUGAACACAGGCGGCCUGGCGAUCCUGGAUACAAUCCAGCCACAGUGCAUGUCCCAAAGGACUGGCUGAAGGAGAAAGCGACGGCAGGUCGCCAGCAAUGGUGGGAGAUCAAGGCAAAGAACUUCGAUGCUGUGUUGCUGUUCAAAAUGGGAAAGUUCUAUGAGAUGUUCGAAAUGGAUGCCCAUGUUGGGGCGGAUGUGCUGGGCCUGCAGUACAUGAAGGGUGACACCCCUCACUGCGGUUUCCCAGAGGCUGCCUACCACCAAAUGGCUGAGUCGUUGGCCAGAGUGGGAUACAAAGUUGUGGUCGUCGAGCAGACAGAAACUCCUGACCAGCUAAAACUUCGGAAUGAAAAAUUGCGGGCCAUGGGCAAGCAGCAGGCCAAGGUGGUGAGGCGAGAGAAGGUGGCAGUUUUAACAAAGGGCACUCUCAGAGAUGCUGAAAUGGUGCAAGCCCAUCCGGACCCUGCAUACCUCAUGUCAGUGAUCGAAAUGGAAAAAAGUCCUGGAAGUGAAGGAUGCUGCAGGGUGGGAGUGUGCGCCGUUGAUGUUGCUUCUGUUCACCUGUUCUUGGGGGAGUUUAAUGACGAUGAGCUGUCUUCCAAAUUGAGGACCCAUCUUGCUGCUCUGCAGCCUGUUGAAGUUCUUGUUCCCAAUGACAACGAUCGCCUGCGGCCAUCUGUGAAGCAACUGCUCAAGACGUGCCUCAGGAAUCCACGUAUCAACAUUUUCCCCAUGGGGCUGGAAGGCUUCUCUCCACACAGCCAAGUCACUGACACAUUGUCUCAGUAUUUUGACUUCAGCGACACUUCUCAAGGGCCUACUGAAGAGAAGCCUCAUUUGCCAGACCAGCUCAAAGAGAUUGUGGCAAACCCUGAAAGUCACAAGGCUACAUUGGAAGCCUUGGGUGCAGUUGUCAACUUUCUGAAGGCGGGCUUGCUGGACAAGGCUGUCAUCCCCCUGGCCCGCUUUGAGCUCCUUCCUAAUGCCUCUGACAGGAGCGUGCAGCCCACAGAAUCAGCGGAAGUUGCGAUGCCAAAGCACGUCCUCCUGGACAGCUCUGCCCUUGAGAACCUCGAAGUCCUGGAAAACAGCAACGGCGGCACCAAGGGCUCCCUGCUGGCCACCCUGGACCACUGUGUCACGCCUUUUGGCCGCCGUCUGCUGCGCCAGUGGCUCUGUAGGCCGCUGGGCCAGGUGGCCCAGAUCUGUGAGCGGCAGCAGGCCGUGCAGGACCUGCUGAAGGUGGCUGGAGGCGCGGCGAUACAGGCCAGGAAAGCAUUCUCAGGGGUGGGGGACCUGGAGAGGGCACUGGCGAGACUGCAUGCAAGCACACUGGAAGGGGCACACUGCGGGCGUGAGGCUGAGCAUGUUGUUCUUUACGAGGAUGCAGCUCGCAGGAAGGUGCGUGCACUGGUUGCAGCCUUGAAGGGCCUGCAGCGCGUGCAAGCUGGAAUCGCUGCGUUUCAACCCGUGGUGAAUUCUCUGAAGAGCUCCUUGCUGCGGUCAUUGGUGACCCCUGGGGACAAAUUCCCUGAGAUGGACGAGCCUCUGAAGGAACUUCUGAAUGCAGCCAAUUGGGAUGAAGCAGAGCAAAAUGGCAGAGUGAUCGCUGUGCAGGGUGCUGUGCCUGAGUACGACGCAGCCAAAGCCACAGUGUCCAAUGCACACAAAGAACUGCAGGACUACCUGCAGGAAGUGAGGUCCAUUUUCCGUUGUGGAAAAGAUGUCAGGUACGUGUCGAUCACAAAGCAGAGCCACCUGAUUGAGGUGCCACAAGCGUACAUCAAACGCGUCCCACACGACUUCGAACUGGCAGCGCAGCGCAAGGGCUUCAACAGGUACAUGAGCCCAGAGCUGAGAGACCUUGUGGCCAAGCUUGAGGAGGCCGAAGAGCAGUGUGAGACGGAGCUCUCAAAUAUUCUGCAGGCCCUCGUGAAGCGUUUCAUCUCGCAGUGCAGCCUUUGGUCGACUGCAGUGGAGGUCACCUCCCAGUUGGACGCCCUCAUGUCACUUGCCUCGGCGUCUGCCAACAUGGAUGGCGCCAUGUGCUGCCCCACCUUUGUCACCGACAGCCCCUCAGGUGCACCAACCUUCAAGGCCAAGGCGCUGCGCCACCCGUGCAGCAUCCGCACUGGGGGUGGCGGCUUUGUGCCGAACGACGUGGAGCUUGGAGGGCCCAGCGCCCCUGCGCUGCUGCUGACUGGCCCGAACAUGGGCGGCAAGAGCACCCUUCUAAGGCAGGUCUGCCUUGCAGUGUUGAUGGCCCAGGUUGGCACCCUGGUUCCAGCAGAGUCUCUUGAGUUAUCUCCAGUGGACUCUAUUUUCGUGCGCAUGGGUGCUCGCGAUCACAUACUGUCUGGGCAGUCUACCUUUUUUGUGGAGCUCUCUGAAACUGCAACAAUGUUGAAUCAAGCAACAAGCAGAUCGUUGGUGGCACUUGAUGAGCUCGGCCGGGGGACGGCUACAUCGGACGGGGCAGCCAUUGCCUCUGCCGUCCUCCAGCACCUAACCAGCACGAUAUGCUGCCGUGCACUCUUCGCAACCCACUACCAUGCGCUAUCCCAAGAGCACCAGCACAAUCCCGCUGUGGCCAUCAAGCACAUGGCAUGCCAUGUGUCUUGCACGGAGGGUGAAGGUGGGGCCGGGUCGAGGGUCGACGAGGUGACCUUCCUGUAUCGUGUGGCCAGGGGCCCCUGCCCUAAGAGCUAUGGCACUAACGUUGCCAGGCUGGCUGGCCUCCCAGAGGGCGUGCUGAUGAAGGCAUCACGGAUCUCAGCCCAGAUGGAGAACGAUCGGGUUGGGCGGCUGGCCAACGAUGCCAUGGACGUUGACGAGUCGUCAGAAGCCCCUCAAGGGCAGCCACCACAUCACACCUCUGACGUUUCCGCAAAUCUGCAGAUAAUUGCUGCACAGUUGCACAGCUUUUGUGGCAAGAAAGUAGAGAAUGCCCCUGCGGCUGAGGGCUGCUCUGGACUCCGCUCACUGUUGGCUCAGAUACGGGAAGCCAACUGA